CAGUUAGUCUGCCUAAUCUUUUGAAAGACAACAGUCCAAAGUGACAUAAUACAGCAACAACACUCAAGACGUUGAAUCAAAAAUAAUGAGCAAUAGUCAUCUUCUUGUGAACGUGGAGGAGUGGAUAGCAAAGAAUCAGAAUGCUUUCCUGCCGCCAGUGUGCAACAAGCUCAUGCACUUUUCCCAGUUGAAUAUUAUGUUUGUUGGAGGACCAAACACUAGGAAAGAUUACCAUAUAGAAGAAGGUGAGGAGCUAUUCUACCAGUUGAAAGGAGACAUGUGUGUGAAGGUGAUUGAAAAUGGAAAAAACAAGGAUGUGCAUAUCAAGGAGGGAGAGAUGUUUCUGCUGCCUGCUCGGAUCCCGCAUUCCCCACAGAGACAAGCCAACACUGUGGGACUCGUGGUGGAGCGGAGGCGGCUGCUCACUGAAACUGACUGCCUCAGGUACUACGUAGACAACACGAUGGACAUCCUGUUUGAGAAAUGGUUUUACUGCCAACAUCUUGGAACCCAACUGGUGCCAAUCAUCCAAGAGUUCAUGGCAUCAAAACAGUGCAAGACAGGAAAACCAGAUCCCAACGAAGACUUCAGAGAGCCUCCAUUCCAGAUGAACAACAUGAAUGUGAUGUCACCCUUCUGCUUUAAGUCUUGGCUGGAUAAACAUAAGCCAUUCCUGACCAACGGCAACCCAAUAAAUAUGUUUGGGGAACAGUUUGAGACAGAGGUAACUUUGUUUGGAGCUGGUUUGACUGAGUCAUCUUUACCGCAAAGUGAUGUGUGGAUUUGGCAGCUGGAAGGAUCUUCAAGAGUAACCAUGAAUGAGCAGGAGUUUACUCUCUCUGCGGGAAAUAGUUUACUGAUUCCCGAGCACAACCAGUACCACUGGCAGAGAGAUGAGGAGACUGCUGCACUGGUUGUGGUGCAAAACCCUGAGCGUAAAAGACCCUGAUCAUACCUGACAACUACACACUAAAUCUACUGUUUUGUUGUAAACCAGCAAUUACUGCAAAUUUCAUAUCAGCAUAAAGAAUAGAGGAAAAUUAAUCACCCAUGAAUUCAUGAUAAUGUUACAAAUACAUAUACUUCCGCUAAAAAAGAGUAAAUAAAAACAUUGUUAUCUUUG